AUGUCAACCACGGCGGCCGCACCACCCUCGCCCCUCGCCACCAACCCCUUGACCCACAGAGCUCCACCUCCCUCCCCACCACCACCCCAACACCAUCAUCACCACCAGCACCACCAUCACCCGCAUCUGCCUCGCCACCACCACUACGACAUCCUCGGGCCCCUCGUCGAGCCACCACGCUCUCCGCUUCGCAGACCCCGCAACGACCACGACCAUGACCGCAACGCCGACGCCCCCUCACCCUACACGACACCAGCCACGCCCGCCGCAGACAAUGCCAACCACCCCGCCACCACCACAGCCACCACCACCUCCGCUCCCCACCCCCACCCUCACCCCCACGCAACGCAUUCGCUCCCUCGCAAGCGCCGCCGCAAGGCAAUCUCAUGCCUAGAGUGCCGCAGGAGGAAAAAGCACUGCGACGGCAUCGUCCCCGGCUGCAGCGAGUGCAGAAAGCGCGGCGUCGUAGACACUCUCUGCCGAUGGGGCGACGCCCGCGACGACCUACACCCAGCCUCUAACUCGGCCUCUCCCAACCACCUCGGCAACCCUCCCUCGUCGCUGCCACUCCUCGCCAACGCCGCGGUACGCGCCGCGGCGCCCUCGCCCUCUGCCCAAAGUCGCUCGCUGGCCGCUCAGCCUUCGACCUCGGCAGCUGCCAGGACGCCCAACGCAUCAUCCCUAUCGGGCUCGCUACCGCCCUCGCCUCCGCUCGACCAAGAUGCAUCCUUGGCCACCGCCGGGCCUUCGUCGCGCCCACACACCGCUCAUCCUGCCAUCCCGCCCCGACCCCAAAUCCAUACGGCGAUAGAUGAUGCGUCACAGCAACGGCAACCACUCGAUCCACUGCCAAGCCGCCGCACGGCUCCCCGGCCCUCGCAGCGAGCGUCAAACGGGUACCACCACGAAGACCAGCUUGUCGAGGCGCUCGCCUCUGUAGACUCUGCCGCCGUCCACACCUCAGCCUCCCAACCUCGAGCAAGCGCCGCAGCCGUCGUAGCGUCCGCCGCCCCUCUCUUCCCGCUGCCCAGCAAGGAGGUUGCGGCCGACCUCCUCUGCCUUUACUCGCGCCAGCUCGACGUCUUCUUUCUCUGGCCGCCCAGCCAGUUUAGCUCAAUCUUCAAGGUGUUUCACACCUUCUACCGCCCCGACGACCUGGCUUCGAUGCAGCAACAACCAGACUACCUCGCCCUGUUCGUCAGCAUGCUCUGCCUCUCGAUCGAUCUGGCCCCGCCCACCUACGCGCUCACCAACACGUCCAUCACCCGCAUCAAGGACCGACACCGCCUCAUCCAAGGCUGGCAUGCCAUCUUCCUCGAUGCCAUUGAGCGCUGCGACAUGCUCCACUCGCCCACCCUGCCCGCCGUCCAGGCGCUCUGCAUCUUCCAGGCGCACUUUGCCGCCAAGCCCUUCAACGAGGAGUCGCUUCGCCUGUUCGAUGUCCUGGUGCGAGCGGCAAGGGCCAUGGGCAUAGACCGCCUCGGUACCCACGGACGCGACGUCGAGCUCUGGCGUCGGCAGGACGCUGCGCAGCCGCGGCAAGCGCAGCCGCAGCAGCAAGGCAGGCGUAGCGUCAACGAUGGCGAAGGCCGCGCCGCCCGGCACGCCGCCGUUCGGCGACCCACGGAGCUGCGCGCCUCGAUCCACAGCUACCACUCGAGCGUCUGCAGCUGGGCCGUCGAGACGUUCACCUCGCGCAACGUGGCCGCACGCAACGCCGGUCGGGCCAUCUGGACAGUGAUCUUGGCGUGCGACUGGGCCCGCACCCGCUUCAUCGGAUACUACCUCAUCUGGCCCAACUCGUUCAGCACCGGUUACGACUACGACCCUCGAACUCUGCAGUUCUGCCGCGGAGACGAGCCGGAGCAGGAGCGGUGCGACAACUUUGGCGCGUUUGUCGCCGCCGUCUCCGACAUUGGACGCCGGCACUUUGAUCUCAUCACCGAGGCUGCCCUCACUGACUCCGAGGUCGACUACGGCGCCAUCCUCGCCCUCGACGACGAGCUGCAGCGCUUCCUCGACAGCCGGCCGCCAUGGCUGAGGUUCGAGGACAAGAAGGACGAGACGAUCCGUCGCAUCCAGCAGCAAGCCAUCGCAGAUCACCUCGACGGCGGCACCGGCGGCGUCAGCCAGGGUCGAGGUCGGGUCGAGGUCAGUGACAAAGGCAACGACGGCAGCGGCAGCGGCAGCGGCAGCGGCAACGGCGCCACCGGGUCGCCACCUGCCUCGAUGCCGGGCAAGGCCAGGGACACGGUGCAGAUCAUCAUCAUCAUCACCACCAUCUUCCACCGCAUCAUGGCGCUGCACCGCCCCUUCUUGGUGCUCGGCUACCGCCAUCCGGAGCGGUACGGCCGCAGCGUCGAGCGAUGCCUCGCGAGCGCCAAGCACUUUGUCAAGGCCUGCAUGCGCUGCUCGGAAAAGGGCCUGCUGUUCGUGCAGCUGGCCCACAUCCACCAGCGCAUGUUCCAGGUGGCGCUGGUGCUCGUCACCCAUCUCCUCUUCCGCUCGACAUCGUCGUCCUCGUCGCACGCAACGCCCUCGCCACCCCUCCUCUCGACCAUGUCGCUAUCGGCGUCGCCAUCCACGCAGGAGCCCCGACUCGACCACGCAGCCUCGAGCACCGAGGAGAUGCACGCCAAGAUCCAGCGAGAGGAGCUCAAGGUCCACGAAUACAUCUACUACUGCAUCACAAGCCUCGAGAAGCUGGACCGCAACAGCGUCCGCAGCGGACGGCUGGAGCAGCUGCUGGCCGCAUGCGCGACGAUCCGGAUGCGGCGCAGGCAGAUGGACGAGGUGCGCGAGGAGAGGAGGUCGCGCCACAUCGACGGGCAGAACGCCGUCGGCCGCGACAGUGGCGCACAAGGGCCCGGCGUCGGCUCGAAGGACCCAGCAGCGUCUCAGCAGCACGGCGGCCGAGGCGACCCCAUCCCUGGCUCGAGCGACCACGCCUCCGCCUCGUCUCCCCGGCGAAAGGACGGCGCCGCAGCCGGAGUCCCAUCUUCGUCCUCGACGGGUCCCGACUCGCCAGACCAGCUCUUCGACCCGGUGCUGCUCCGCCAGCUCGACGCCUCGCUCCUCAAGCUAACCGAGAUGGGCACACACAGCUCGUCUUCGACCGACCAGCUCGGCUUUGGCGCCGACGGCUCCGAGACCGACCUCGAUGGUGUCUGGAACGAUAUCUUUUCCGCGCUGGGUUGCGAGGCGCCACCGGUCAGCGGCGUCUGA